UCUGAGUUUAACCAAAAUUAUGUAGGUGUGGACGGAGCAAACCAUUUCCCAGACAGACGGGGAGUGUGAUACAGAGGGUUCUUAUAUGCUGCUUUAUUUAUUUACACCAAAUAUCACGAGAGAUAAAAAGUACAGUAUUAAUCUAAGAUAAGAAUUGAUAUACUGUACUGUUAGAAAACCCCUUUUGAAGGUUCUUCACUCGACCCUGCAGGGAAACUCAUCACUGUUCCAGUGGUAAAUGGAAAAUAACGCGUUAUGGCCUUCAGUGAAAUGCAGCACUGACCUCAGGAGGAAGCGCUUAUUUUAUUAACCACUGAGGCAACUGGUGCAGCAGAAGUUCAUCAGAACGACGAAGAAAGAAAGCGAGAGGCAGGAACUGUCAGGAACCUGGUGGAGAAAUGAGCUCAUGAGGGUGUCUUUAAGACCCACACACUCAGGCUGCAGUAAACAGAAACAUGACACACACACGGAGGGCUGCACUUCUCUUCUUUCUGCUUGUUUUCUUCACAGGAUAUGUGUGUGGAUUUAAUUUGAGUGUUUGGCAAACACCACGAAACAUUACUGCAGUUUGUGGAGAGCAUGUGAACAUCACCUGCCACUUCACACUGAAGAUGAUCUCUACAUCAUACACUGAAGAAUGGAAAGUAUACUGGAAGAAAGAUAAUAUCAAUGAAACAUCAAAUAAAUUGUAUAAUAUAUCAGAUUUUAACUCUGACACUGGGAGUGAUGUGAAUAAAUCUCACACCCUGAAGCUUCAUGCAGUGAGUGUGAACCACAGUGGGGUUUAUUACUGUACAGUGCUGAAGCAUAUCCCUAAACUUGUUCAGUUCACUGACACUACAGGAACACGGCUGAUUGUAGAACCUUUAGUGAGAAACGCUACAGGACGCAGUGUGGAGUCUGUCAUGUGGACUGCACCGUUAGCGUUAGCGUUAGCGUUAUUCUGCGUUGUGUCUGUUGUGUGCUGUAAAAACAGAGGGUUGUGCAGGAGAGGAAAGAAGGAAGGACAGGUGGAGCAGGAGGACACUGGUGUUGUGUACGCUGCAGUGAAACUUCAUAAAUGUUCCCGCGACAAAACCUCACAGGAGCUCAGGGAAGUGCCGGAUGCAGGAUGUGAAGGAAACCCAGAAGUUUUAUACUCAGACAUUCACAUAAAAUUAUAAAACCAGUUUGUGAUGAUUUGAGUUAUAUAAAGUUUUUAUUGUGUAAAUAUGUAAAUAUAAUAAUCCUGUUUAAAAGUACAAAAAUCUAAUAAAAUCUGUACACUUCUCUGUACACUGAGUGUAAACUGACUGUAUAAUUUGAUUUAUUUUAUAAUUAAUAUAAAGAUAAAUCUGACUGA